GUCCCACUACUUCAAGCAGCGCGGAACCAGAAGUUCACGUCUUGAUUGCCCUGGCGAUGCUCAUGUUCCUGAGGUUAAUUCUCGACUCGCUUCAGAGAAUCAGUCACACCCGAAUCGGACUCCGACCGAUGAGCGCGUCCCACCCCGUGACGUCAUUUGGCAAAACCUUGAAAGCUUGUUUGUUUCUCACGCGAGGCCGCGAGGGUUCCGUCGGCCACGCCGAAGGCUGGAAGGCUCUCAACCGGCUCCUUCGACAAUAAGAAGUUCGCAAACAGGCUUCGGCAUUCGGAAGUUCGCUAGCUUCGUCGGCAUCUCUCCUUUCACGGCGCUGCCAAGCCAUUCCCAGGGCGCCAUGCCCUCAUCACCACGGACCCACCCGAUAGACAUGCCCCAAGAUGUCGCUGAAGAUGGUGAUACUACCCUUCGCGAAAUUUCCCAGGCGCCACCCCAAGCCGCUCAUCCGCUUCACCAUGACCAUAAAGCUGUCGAACCCCCAAAAGCCCGCUUCCACCCCGUUCAAGCCGCCCGCAUUAUUUACAGAUCCACGAGUACCAUGUCGCGGCUCGCUAACCUCCUCUGGCCUCUGGCUCCCAUUGGGAUCAUUUUGAGAUUUGUGAGACCCGAAUGGCAUAUCGCUAUCUUUGUAGUCAAUUAUUUGGGCAUGAUUCCGAGCGGGAAUUGGUUGGCUUUUGCGAGUCUUGAGAUCAACGAGAAAUUACCUAAUAUUGUAGGCGCGACCUUCGAGACACUGAUGGGCGCUAUGGUCGAGCUCAUCCUCUGCAUCCUCCUCCUCUUCCAACGGCAAUACACCGUCGCCCAAGACGCCAUUCUCGGGUCCAUGUUUGCCAACCUGCUCCUCAUUACUGGCUUCUGUUUCUUUGUUGGUGGCGUCAAGUACAAGCAUCAGGAUGUAGCCGAGUUUGUUACGGAGAUCUCAGGUGCGGGGUUGCUGGCGUCGGCGUUUGCCAUCAUUCUGCCCAGUCAGUUCAGUUUGGCUGUCAUGCCUGCGAUGGGGCUUGGGGCGACGGAGGACUUGGUGCUGAAAGUGAGCCGGUCGGCGGCAGUGGGGCUGUUAAUCUCUUACGGCGGCUUUCUAAUCUACCAACUCAAAACACACCGCACAACCUUCGACGCCGUCCUCUCGGCCGCCGAAGCAAAAGACACAGACCGCGAAGAAGAAGCCCGUCGGAAACGGCUCUCUUGGGCCGAAUCCCUCGUCCUACUCCUCAUCUCACUCGCCCUCGUCACCGCCUGCGCCGUCUUCCUUGUCGGAGAGAUCCAUCAUAUCGUGGAGCUGGGACAUGUCACAGAGCCGUUCAUGGGCCUGAUCCUCGUGCCACUGGUGGAGAAGGCUGCGGAGCACUUUACGGCCAUUGAUGAGGCUUCUGAUAACCAAAUGGACCUAGCCCUUUCCCACGUCCUCGGCGCAACCAUCCAAUCCGCGCUCCUCGUCGCGCCCAUCGUCGUCAUCGUCGGGUGGAUAGCCAACCAUCCCAUGACGCUCCAAUUCAACGGGUUUGCCUCGUUCGCCUUACUCCUCGCGGUCCUUGUCGUCGGCAGCUUUCUGUCAAACGGAAAGACGAAUUGGGUCGAGGGUAUGUUUUUGUUGUUGUUGUAUUAUAUUUUUGCGGUGGCGGCGUGGUUUUAUCCGAAUGGGGCGGAGGUGGGCAUCAGUGAGGGGCAUUGAUGAGUGGGUUCUUGGGGGAUGGUGUGGAUUGACGUUUCUG